AUGCUACCUAAUUCUCGUAUAAUUCCACCUAAUGAGAAUUAUAGAUUUCGCCAAAGAUCCAAUUCCGCAAUUAAUGAAAGCAGUCUAAAGAAAGGUUUUAUAUCUAGAUUACUUACCAGUUCUCCUAAUCCAAAAGAAUAUAACAUGUCAAAUAAGCCCAAGUAUGAAUCAAUAUCGGAAAAUCAGACAAAACAUGAAUAUGCAACAUGGAGUGCGUCUUCAUCUAUUGCACCUUCUAUUUCUAGAUCUUCUGAACUAAAUAAAACAACAGAAAAGACUUUAUCUAGUGGCUUUACAAACCUUUUUAAAAAGCGAGCAAAGUCAAAUAAAUAUUUAGAAGAUGAUAUGGAUAAUUCACCAAAAGUACGACCUAUUUAUCGAAGUAUGCCAAAGCAUCCAAAGAUACCCUUAGCUCCUCCACCUACAGAGAUUCCGUUAAGGAAUCGUGCCAUCUUACAGCCUAACCAGCAACAUUUUUUAACAAACUUACCGGAUCAGUAUAUCGUAAAACAUCCUGAAGUUUUUGAACCAGUGCCAGCUUCAAUAGUUCAAACUAAAUCAUCUGUCUCCACAAGAUCUUCUAUGAGGAAAUCCUCUGGUUCUUGUUCGAUAUAUUCAACAUUUGGAUGUGAUGAACAGAGAUCCACCUCACCCUCCCUUGAAUCAGAAGAAGAACAUCAUUCUAAUUCAAAUGAAAGUAGUGUUCAUUUAUCAACUAUGGCCGAAAAUAAUGAAGAAAGAACCGAAGAUAAGCCAACAACAACAACAACAACAACAACAGCAACAGCUACUACUACUACUACUACUACUGAUGAGGAAGAGGAAGAGGAGGAGGAGGAGGAGGAGGAGGAUGAUGACGACGAUGACGAUGACGACGACGACGACGACGACGACGACGAUGAAUUUGUAGAUGCAAUAGAUAUCUCACACGAAGAUAUGAAUACAAGUUUAUCUAAACGACUAAGUGGAGAACAUUUUGGUAGUGCAGGUGGAUUGAUAUUAAAUAUGCAAGCUUCGCCCGAUGACACUACAAUGAUAAAACGUAAAAGUCAUAAGCUACCUGCAGAUGAUGAAUUAGCUCAGUCAAUGCUGAAUUGGAAACGUCAUAGUGGCAAUAGUAAACGAUGGAGUAUGCGUAAAGAAGAAGAUAAACGAGCAAGUACGAUUACGAUGAUUGAUUUAAGAGAAAUAAAAGGUCAACAAAAGAAUGAGCCUAUCACGAAUGCAGAAGAAGAAAAAGAAUUAUCAGAGCCAGAUAAAAUAAAAUUACGUGAAAAAACAGAAGAAAGAUUAUUAGGAGCCAUAGCGAUGAAAAAGCCAUCUGUCAUUCAAUCACUUACGACUGUAGCAGCACAAGAUAAGAAGCUUGAUUUAUCAAUAGAGUUCUCAAAAACAAUUGAUGAUGUAUGGAAACCAUCGAACGAUACUUUGCAUUUAUUUGAUGAUCCUAAAACAAAGGAAUUACAAAACUCAAUUCAAAUGCAUACUGACAAGCAGAAUCUAAAUGAUGAAGAACAAACAGAUCAAGAAUUGAUAACUAAAACUGCUACAUCCUUAUGGGAGGAAAAUGAAACGGGUAUCGAGAAAGAAAAGAUGGCAGAAUUUCUUGGACAAGGGAAACCAUUUCAUAACGCUGUACUUGAGGAAUAUAUGAAAAAUUUUGAAUUCGAUGAUAUGAGAUUAGAUAGUGCAUUUAGAAAACUUUGCAGCAAAUUAUAUUUCAAAGCUGAAGCACAGCAAAUUGAUCGUAUCUUGGAAGCAUUUGCUUAUCGAUAUUGGGAUUGUAAUCCACAAUGUAUUUUUGGAAGCUCUGACAUUGUAUAUGCUACUGUUUAUUCUUUACUAUUACUCAAUACUGACCUUCAUGUUGCUCAAGGAAAUCAUCCCAAGAUGACACGAUCUGAAUUUAUUCGUAAUACGAUGUCAACUAUCCGUGAUCAAAAAGAACAUGAAAUGCUUAAUAAAAGUGUUAUAGUAGAAAACCGAAAUUGGGAAGCUGAAAUAGAGUUUUAUUUAAAGCAUUAUCAAAUUUUACAGCCCCUUUCAAGAAAAUCGAGUUUAAAUAAACGAAGUAGUAUUCUGGGUAGUCGUCGAGUACUUGGUUUGAAACGAAGUGUAAACUCGAUUAUUCGUAAAUCCGGAAGAGAAAGUGUAUUUUUAAUAGAUGAUUGUGAUCAGUCUAUCCCUUCCUCACUUCCACCACCUCCAAGAUCAAGCGCAAGCUCCGGCUAUCAUCGCUCAAUAACGCCAACAUCGGCAAAAUCACUUAGAAGAGAAUCAUUUUCUUCCUCAUAUAGUUCAAGUAUUGCUUCAUUUAAUUCACGUAGUGCAUCUCCCUCACAGCCCAUGAUGCAAUACAUGAACAUGCAUGCUACUUCUCUAUUUUCAAGUAGACCACCUUAUUAUAAAGAAGGUGUAGUGAUUAGAAAGCAUUUAUUAGAAAAUGCGACACAAAAGGCACGGCAUCGUGAAUGGCGUGAAUGCUAUUUAGAAGUAGGACAAGGCGAAUUAUGCAUGUAUACCUUGCAAUCGAAUACAUCAAAUCAAAUGAUGAGCGAUAAAAGCCUAUUUCGUCAUUCAAGUGCAGUACAACCUACUGAACCUACUAAGUCGAGAAAAUUAACAACUUCUAUGUCAUUUGGUGAUGUGUUAACCAAUAACAAUCAUACAAAAGUAACCAAGUUUUCUAAUUCUGUAUCCUUUGGUGGCUCUACGCCAAAUAAAUGGGCAUCCUGUUCCCAGUUAAUUGGUAAAAUCGCAUUAAAUCAUACACUUUCAAAUCCAUUACCACCGCCUGGAUAUAAUCGUCAACGACCCUAUGUCUUUGCUAUCCAACAACCGAAUGGAGGAGUUUAUCUUUUCCAAGUUGCAUCAACUGAGCAAGCCUAUGAAUGGGUCUCAACUUGUAAUUAUUGGGCAGCGCGACAAAGUAAAGAACCAUUGCAUGGUGGUGUAGGAAAUAUGGAAUAUGGUUGGGGAGCUUGUCUUGAUGAUGUUAUUAUUGACUUGGAUGCCAUAGAACAAGGAUAUAACCAAAAUCACUUUAGUGGUGGUCGUGACCCUGAUUCAAUUAUGAUUCAUGAUUGGAUAUCUCCAUCAGCAAGUAUGGUAUCAAGUCAACUAGACGAAAAGGAACAGUAUGAUACAUUACAACGGCACUUGGAAGAAUUAAAUACUGAAAUUAAUGUUCAUCGUGACUUGAAGACAAAAAUUUUAGUGAAAUUUCCUAGUAAAUGUAAUAAUUAUAGUAAAGUGAUUCAUAAUUGGGAGGCUAAAUCGAAAUACCUGUUACAUGAUAUCAUCAAAUAUCAAAAUUAUUGUGAUGUAUUGGAAAAGACAAUAAAGAAGCAAAAGGAGUUUAUGUUGACUACUACUGCAGCUGCGGCUACGGCUGCGGCUGCAGCUUCUUCAGAAGAAGAACAAGGGUAUAACCUUAAUAGUAAACUCGAAAUGACAACUAACUCGUUAUCAUCGACCAAAUUAGUAUAUCAUAGUAAUUCUGUAGAUCUUUUUAAAGAAAUCAAACAAGAGCUUAGUCUAAAUCUUCAAUAG